AUGGCUUCAUCAGCGUCGCUAAAGGACCUCUCAAAGGCGAUCGUUGCCUACCUCUCGCAGCCAACCCCUUCUCUCCCCGACGACUUAGUACAGACCAUCGAUGCCUAUCUCCGUCGACACCAGAAGCAAGAUGACGCUGCAGCCGAUCGUCUGCAAGAGGAGCUGUUCUCCAUCUUCGACAAAUACGUCAAGGACAGGCCUGCCACUUGUGCGCCCUUCCUAACUAUCCUUCGCCAGCUGCUAUCGACACUCCGGACUCCCGAGCGUAUCUUUGCAUGGUGGGAUUCUUGUUCUGCACUUUUGUCCAAGUCCUCCCCCGAGAAAGGAGUUGUGGAAGAGUCCCUGGCCAAUAUUAUGGAGAUUAUCAAGAUUGCGGAAGAGGACCAUGAUGGGUCUGAGGCUGAUCUUGCUUCUAAUCCGUUGAUCGACCGUUUAUUCACAGGAUGGAUGGAGAAACUCUAUCCGUCAGUAUCUGAAGCUCUAUCAAAUCUCGAACCCAACGAAAGAAUAACUCGAGAAGCUCUCGUGCAGUUUGGGAAGAAGCAUCCCAAGGAACUUUUUACAGCUCUAGAUCGUUACUUUCUCAAAAAACAGUACCGCAAGGCUGUCUUACGGUUUUUGGGUGACUACCUUCAGAGUCAGCCGCCGCAUCUUCAUCUAAUUCUACAGACACCACUGUUCACUGAUAUAAUGAGAUGCUUGCAGCAGGACAGCUCAACAACUAUUGUGUCAGCUGCACUGACAGUUCUCACAAUGCUUCUACCACAGAUGCCAAGUUCGCUCGUACCGCAUUUGCCUACGCUAUUCAACAUUUAUUCCAGGCUGCUGUUUUGGUCGCGAGAGCGAGCUGGAAUAAUUGAGCCGCAGGCAGAAGACGCAGAUUCAACCAGCUGGGAAGAGUGUGGUUACGAAGCAGAAGUUGAUGACCACCCUAUUUAUCAUCUUCUCAGUUACUACACCAUACUCUAUGGUUUAUAUCCUAUCAACUUCAUGGACUACAUCCGCAAGCCCCAGAGAUACUUACGGCACGCCAACGUAGCUAACGCCAACGAUAUGGAAGUUCAGCCCACUGAGAUACGAGACCAGUCAGAAAGGUUCCGGCGGUGUCAUUUGCUUCAUCCCAACUUUUUCACUCUCACAAUCGAUUCCGAGAAAACUGAUUUUGGCCGGUGGAUCAAGAGUGAAGCCUCUGAAGUGGUUGCUGAGUGCAUGGCGUUGUGCACCCUGUCAGAAUCUGAUCAAUCUGUCGUACAGACCUUGUCCAAUUCGGAGACAUUCACAUUGAAUGAGGUACAUGCUAAAGAGGGCCAAGAUCCAUCACUCCAUAGGACUGCAAUUGAGGCUACUGGUGGCUACCAUUUACCCAUGUCUGCUAGUAUGGAUUCUAUAGCAAGUAGUCGCCGGCCAUCUGCGCUGAUUCGACGAGGGUCUCAGUCAAGUAUCCCUUCUACUCGGAACUCUAUUGAUGCCAGGAUAAGAGAGCCCAGUAUUGACAGCCCAACAUUGGGGCCUCACCUUAUCCAGUCGGCAUCUCAUACACAGCUACAGGAUAUGAUCCAAUCUAACAAAGCCAUCAAGUCUGGUCUACAUCAGUCUUUGGCCAACGACAGCGUUCCAUCGCUCUCACUCAGUAACCAAGACUCUGUUGCAGAUCGGCCCGGCCCAUCAGCGUUGGGCGCACGCCCAGCUGUCAGUACCCCUCUUUCAUUGACUGAGACCAACUCGCAAGUAUCUCAUCUUCAACGCCAAAUUCUGUUACUGCAGAACGACCUCAAUUUUGAACGGUAUCUGAAGCAGCAGCACAUGGCGCAUAUUGGCGAUUUGCGAAGACGGCAUAUGGACGAGGCAGUGACGGAGGCGGAGACCCAAAACCUUUUGAUCACCAAUCGUAAUUUGAAGCAUCGGUUCGAAGAGGCCAAGAAGGCAGAGAUGCAGGUUCGGAGGGAGUCUGAGAAGAGUCGUGCUCUCGCGAAGAAGUGGGAGGCCGACCUUUCCACUAAGCUUAAGAAGCUGCGUGACGAGUCGAAGAAACUCAAAUCAGACUACGAGACACUUCAGAAGGAGUUGGAUAAUUCUACGGCAGAGCGUGACAAGCUACGGGUACUCCUAUGUGAUGCAGAGGUCAAGGAAGUCAAUUGGAAGCAGAACAUGCAGUCAAUCGAGCUUCACAGUGCUGAAAUUGACCGGUUAAAGAGCGAAGUGGCCAGGCUCACAAGGGUGGAGCGCGACUACCAAGCCAAGGAACUGGAGCAACAGAGAGCCGUCGCCGCUGCUACAGGAGCCGAGAGCAAGAUGGAGGCAUUGAGUCUGCAGCUUGCCAGCCGUGAGGGUGAGAUAGAUCGGACUAGGAGAUUGUUCCAGAGCCAAAUCGCAGCACUCCAAACCAAGCUAUCCGAGGCCCUCGAGGAAAGAACUCGACCGUCUCGAGGCGGGAAAGAGGCUAUCGAGUCGAUGCUCGCAGCAAGCCGAGAAAAGCAAGCUGAGCUACAGAAGCAGUGCGAUCUUCUGAUGCGCAAGUACACAGCCCUGCAGUCAUCUCUCCUGGAUAUGAAGACGGAAACAAAACCCAGUCAGCUCAGGAUCGAGACAUCAAAUUCUCCGGAAGCCGAGCAGGGCUCCUUUUCUGUAUCAACAAGCCCGGUCAUGAUGAAGACUAGACCACCCCGUAUGCUGUCGAGUCCCGAUGUUGCAGAAGGCACUGCGUACAAUGUUACGCCGCCUCUUGAUCAAAGGCUCGAAGGUGCGAUGUCGCCCAAAUCAGCGGGCUGGGCACACCCUCCAGGGUCGCCGGAUACGUCGUCUCUGUCAAUGAGUCCGGAUCAUCUCCGAUUUGGGCGUGGAGAGGCAGGGCGAUUACUUGCGAGAAGUCACUCUGACCUGUUUGCUACUGCAACUCAAAAUCGACUUCGCAAGGACUCAAAGGACAAGGGAAAGGACGAAGCAAGUGCAAAGAAGGAUAAGAAACCGUCGGCUUUAAGGGGGAUUCGAGGAUUUAUGUAUGAAUGA